AUUUCCUAUUAUUUAGGUUUAAUACACCGUCAGGGUAUAAGUUUGCAUAGAACGUAACCAUGCAUGUCACUGUUAUACUGUGUGUGAUAUUGGGCGUAACUGUCACCUCUGCUAACAUCACCGGUCAACAUCCGGCAUCGGGCACCUGUCUAUGUCUAACCGGAACUAACGUUCACGCUAGAAGCUCGGCGGGACUAAGUGGAUCAAUUGUUGCAACUGUGAGCAAACCAGAAUGUUACAAAUUCCACGGUGGUAUUCUCACCAAGGACGGUUAUACGUGGUACCAGCUACAGCACGUGAAUGGACAUAAUGCAUGGGUUGCAGGCACAUUCUUGUCAACAUCGACAGCGUCUCAUUGUUCGGGUGCCUCAUCUACUUCCGGAUCUGGUACCUGUUCCGAUGCUACAGCCAAGGAUUACGCUUGUAAACUGUUGCAUCUUGCGGAUGCAGGAACCAUCACAUUGUGGAAGCAACAUCCAUCCGGUGUUCAUGACAACGCUUACUCGUACAAUAACAUCAAGGACGCUUGUAACGGUCACGCUGCUUCUAGAUCCCAUUACACAUGCUCAGAAUGUCGAAGCCCUGGUGCUCCAGGGGGACACGUUUGUUUAAGUAGAAACUUACUACACUAUAUUUAUGCUGUCCAUCAAAGACUAGGCUACAUUCAUGUGAAUGAAGUUGCUGGUGCAUGUCACAGCUGUACAUCCAAACAUUAUCUCGGCCGUGCUGUUGACCUUCACAACCCAUCCGGACAGUCAAGUACAAUGCUUAGUCUGUGCACGAGCAUGGGAGGAUGGGGCCAGAAUGAAGGAGAUCACGUGCAUUGCCAGUUUACUUCAUAAUUUACAUGUACUCUAAGAAAAUAAAGCAUAAUCAUUUCUUCCAGAAAAUAAAUGAUGAAAAAUAAAUAAUUGUA